UAAACAUUACUGUUGCUGCUCUGGAAACAAUAUUUAGUUAUAUUUAAAAUAUAAAUCAAUUUGUAAUCCUUUUGUGGAAUUGGGAUUACUUCAGGACACAGUGCUUACUUCAUCAGUGAGCAUGUUUAUCUUCACUUCUUGCUAAUGUCUGAGUGUACUGUGAAAAACUUUAACCAGUGGGGUUUUUUGGGGUUAUUUUUUUUGAUAAAUACUGAAAGGUCCAAAAUGAUUUGAAAAAGCAUUGUUUUUUGCCAAAUAACAUCAAAUUUUCUUCCCAAACCUGAUCUAUGUUGACAUUUAUUACAACUACAGCUAUCUGGGCCUCCAGAAUCCUUCUGGUGCCAGAAGUUCCCAUAAAUUAUCACACAUGGCUCAAUGAACAUGAAUAAACCUGGAACAAUUCCAAAGUACUUCUAAGUUAUUUCACUGCUGGUGUGCGUAAAUACUGGUCCUGGCAAUGUGGGCUCUGCGGGCGCACAACAGCACUGCUGCUGGAAAAAAAAUGCUAGGGGAAACACUGUUCACCAUCACUCUCCUCACAGGUGCUAUGACUAACUCAGUGCUUACUAACCACCUCAGCUCAUAUCAUUCCUGUGUGUUAUUUCUCACAUCUCCAUGCUCUCAUCAACCAUCGUCAUUCUCAACGCCGCCCUCCUGCCGCCCUCUCUCCUUCAUCUCAGCUGCAAGAAAGCCACUCGACUUGGACAAACAUACCCGUCACAAAUCUAGUUCUAGUUCCCCAGGCCGAUAUGAUGUGUAUGCUCCAGCGAGCUCACAUCGAGAUAACUCCCCAGAUUACAGCUCAGUUGAGCCAAAAAGAAGCAGGUACCCCAAACAGGACCCAGCAGCGCCCCACAGCCACUCCAGAUACCCUGAGCACUACCUAGUGGCAGAGGGAGGGCGGAGCAGGCAUGCAGAUCCAUACCCAGAACACCUGCUGCCCUCCAGAGGCAAACAUGGAGACAGGUACCCAAAUUAUGAACCCACAGAGACUGGCAGAGCCAGGGGCCUGCAGGGGGACGACACAGAGAGAGUGGUAAGGAGGAAAGAGAGACCAGCCAGACCACCUGAGCCACAGAUCCUCAUAGAGAGAGACAAGGCAUGGGUCAGAGAGAGGGACAGGAAACAUGACAGAGACAGGGGCAGAGACCUGGAAUUGGAGAGGCAAAUGGGAAAAGACCAAAGGAGGGACAGGGAGCAGGACCUCAGGGGGGCGAGAGGAGGAAGAAAAGACAGAGAAAGAUCCAGAGAUAGAGGACAGAGCAGGGACAGACACAGAGUGAGAGACAGGCAGAGACAGAAAGAUGAACGAGUGAGAACCAGGAGCAGGGACAGAGGACUGGAUGAGGAUUUCUCGGAGCGUAUGCCAAGGGAGGGCAGGUCAUCCUGGGAGGAGGAAGAGGAUCACGGUGAGAGGGAGAUGAGGGCCAGGGGCCGGCAGCGUGUCCACUCCGGUCCCGAAGAGGUGUUUUACGAGCACAGGAGCUACGAAGGGAGAGGGGACACCAGGGAGUUCUGGGACCCUCAGCAGGGGGAGGGUCCCGGCAGGGAACGCAGUCAUACUCACCCCAACGGAGAGACAGGACGAAUUGUGCACAGAGUGAGUGGAGCAGUAGUAGCAGAAACUGAGUAUGGAGUCAACGAGGCCACCAAAGGGCUGACGAAGCUGGAUCUCCGUGAGCAGGAGCUGAAGGACAUGGAGGUAGCCAGGAGAAUGCAGGAGGAGGAAGUCAAGGCGAGCAAGGGCCAUGUGCGUGCAGCUCAAGUGGCGCAGGAUGAGGAAAUCGCUCGACUGCUGAUGGAACAAGAGAAAAAGGAGUACAGGAAGAAUCGAGAACGGGAGAAAGAGAAGGAACGAGAGAGGGAGAGGUUGGCUAUGGAGAGGAUGGCAAUGGAAAGGAGGCGGCCAGAGGGAGACUACAGGCCGAAUUCGGAGGAAGUUGUCCGGCCCCGAACACGAGAUGAAUAUGAAUACCAGAGGCAGAGGAACCACAACAAGCCUGUCAGGCCUCCUCAGCCUCGCACACAUGACUAUGAGAAUGUGAACGCCGGCUACGGCCACUCAGACCACCAUAUUCCCCCUCGUGCUCCCACCAGACCUGAGGCUGCUUACAAAGGUGCCUAUUACAAGCGGUGACUCAGGCUCUCAACCGUGUCCAGACAUGCCGUCAGUCCUCCUGUGUCCCCUCUUUUAUUUAUCUUUUUGUUUUCAACCAUUCACACUCUAUUGACCAAAAGCUUUGGGACAAGCUAAUGAGUUGGCAAUGGGAUUUUUAAAAAAAUACCCUCCGAAGUUGUGCGUGAGUGCUGGAACCACACUCAUCUUUUUCUUUUUUCUUUUUUUUUUUUUUUCUUUUUGUAAAUUGUGAUUAAUCACCAUUAUUUCUUUUAACUGACACAACAUCAAGACAAGCCAAAAGAGCAGCCUUGUGACAUUAACUCCCUCAAUUCUUCUUCAAAGCUGUUGAAACAGAGGACGCGGCUCCUCUCUCGCUGUGGUCAUCAUGUGCUGAUGUUCGUCCCAUCACAAGGGCUCAAGGCCUCUGCUGGAUAUAACCAUGCAAUCUCAAAUCCCUCAUGACUCUCUCUUCAUGGGAUGUGCCUGUUUGGUUCAACAUGGCUGCUACAGUGUCUUAGAUACCAACAUGGCAGCUGCUUUGUUACACCCGUGCUGCAGUUUUUCUUCUCCCGUCAUGCUGUUCAACGAGGCUGCACAGGCCCUUUACAUGUGCCACACAUGGCAUAUGAGUCCGGAGGGGUACGUCUCUGUUGCUGUAUUCACACAAAACAUAAACAUGAGCCUUUAUCAAGAUGCUGGUAAUUUUGGCUUUGACAUGUUUACCACCCUGUGAUGAUCCAUGGACCUUUAAACUGGCUGUAGGCUGCGUUUUUUUUGUUUUUUUUGCUUGAGAGGGGCACUUUUUAACCCCAUUGCUCUUAACAUGAAAUAGGAAGGAUGAUACUCUGUGUAUGACUCACUGUUUAUAUGUGCAUGCUUACUGAAAGUGUCCAACUGUGUACAUGCAUUUCAGCUCUAUAUCAAAUUAUCUGGCUCCCUCUUUAUCACAAAGGGCUAAAGCCACAAAAAGCCAAUAAUUAUCUCUUUUUGAAUGAGUAAAAUAUGUGUUAGCUAAUAUACUGCUGUACAAUAUAUCACAUUUCUGACACGUUUUCAUAUCAGCUUGUCAUUUAUAAACCAAAACUGGUAGCCAUUUUGUGCGAAGCCCAUAAAAGUACCAAAAUGAAAUGCAUGUACAUUGCUUGUUUGUGUCCAUCCUGAAUUCAUGCUUGUGCUAAUGGCACAUACAUUGUGCGAUUGAAUAUUUGCUCUUGUUUUAUUUAAAUGUAAAUAUCUUUUUUUUUUUUUUUUUUUUUUACUUGUGCUACCAAAUCAUGUUCCCUAUUGUGGAAAACACAAGAUUCUGUCCAGUCCCUUAUACUGUGUUUCCCCCUAGUUAUCUUCGUUUAGAAAGGGAGCCUUAUAUUUUAUUUUUAUACAAUAUUUUCCUUAGAUUGUUUCCUCAAUUUUCAUUUUCCUAGGCUUUCCCGCUGUCACUUCCAGUCCUCCUCUCAUUGUCUCAAACUCAAAGGCUGACUUCACUUCCUGCCUGCAGAAAAAGAAAAGACUCCCACAAUAGAAGUGCAUCUGGAUGGAGGGAAAUUCAUUGAGAAAACUGACAUAAAAUAUAUAUUACUACUCAAAGGGACCUAUUUUAGUGUUUUUACUGCUCCGUAAUUUGUAAUUUUCGUCUCAUAAUGAAUAAGGAUAGUGUGCAGUGGAAAAUCUAGGAGCACAUUCAAGCCCUUGAGUUAACUGGUUGACUUCAGUGCUACUUCCAAGUCCUCACAUUGUAAUAAAUGAUACUGAAAUCAUAAAUCAGCCUUCAAAAAACAAAAAAAUUGUAGUUUUCUUUACCCAAGUGUGAGAUGUAUGUUUGUAUUGCUGAUGACAGACAUUCAGGUGUUAUUGAAUUUAUAAUAUGUGCUAGUUGCUGGUGACAGAACGGGAUAUGUGCCAUAUGUUGAAUUUUUUUUCAGGGAAAAGCUUAAAAUUGUUGUGGUUGUAGCAGAGCUGCCACACCCACCAAUGUAGGACUCCUAAUUUAUUCUUUGACAAGAGCACCACCAUGUGGACAUGUUGACAAUUGGAGGGGGAAAAAAUGUACAAAAUGGAUCUGAUCAGGAUGCGUCUUUGAUUGUGUAUUUGUGGAUGUUGUGCAUCACUUUGGAGUCGUGUGUUGUCUACAUCAAACAUGUGUUACGGUUUUAAUUUUCUUUAAUCCGGGGCUUGUAUGCAAUCGACCAAUCGUAAAUCAACACAUCUGUGUUGGAACAUGCUGUAACAGAAUUUUUUUUAAGUAAAAUGAAUUAACAAGUUGCUUUUACCUAUUGCAUCUCAAAAUGUAAUAAACUGUAUCAGCAUU